AUGGAAACGACCGGACGAAAGGACGAUGUGGUCGUCUUCAAGAUGGUCGACGCUUUCAACGGCACCGACCCUAGCACUGCGACCACUGAGCUCAAGACCAACUUUCAGCUAAAGGGCACAUCUCUCGGCGGCGAGACGCCCAAUGCAGGCGGCAUUGUUGUGGAUGAAGAUGUUGGCGUUGACUCGCUAACAGUUCAGUGCUUUGUCGAGGCGGUCGUGCACGGUACAUUGACAAACGACCAGUUCUCCGAGCCGGCGUCGCUGUUUAUCUUCCAGUUUGCGUUUUGUCCGCGCAGCCGCAGCCGUCGCUUUCGCGAAAUUGCCAUUACGCUGACAUUCACGGCGGGCACGGAGCUGACGAUCCAGCCUGAGAACCGUUGGAAGACUGGCACCACAACAAUCGACCGCCAGCGCAGCCACACCAUCAGCCCGUCGUUGCAAGGCGCCGUGGGCCCGGCCACGGGCACGUUGUCAUAUCAGUGGCAGCAGACGGACUCACGCAAGAUCGAUGACCAUGUGUGGAUUGAAGGUUUGGUCAAGGCGCUAAGCGAGCGGCCCGACGGCAAGCGCGUCCCGGACAGUGCCGUGUGGGAGCUCCACGAAAACCACCAGACCAAAAGCGGCGUGCCAAGCUUCUUCCGAACGGCUAUACUUUUGAAGCGGGCGAGCGCGCAGCGCAACGAGCCCUUCCAGGCGUUUCUGUCUAUCACGGGUGACGUGCACACACACGUUAGCGAUUGGGCCAAGAUCCGCGGCAUCAAGGGGGACGACAGGGGUGGCAGCAGUCAUCAGCCAGCGCGCCGGCUGCGCAAGGGCGCACCCGAAGUCGAUCCGGAAGACACAGACACCAUUCCGAUGACGGCCGCCAAAAUCCCGCUCUUCUUCAAUCCUACGCUUCCCGACCGGAACCCGCUGGGACUGGACAGGACGAAGCUGCAAAGCAUCGAUCUGAGCCAGUUCAAAGGACUCGUACACGUACGCAACUGGGCCGAGAGCGCGGAAGAAUCCCAACAGUCGCAAAACGGAGCCGUUGGGGCGCCAGCAGCGCCAGCCGCGCAGCCUCAAGCGCAACCUCCGGUGCAGCCUCCGGUGCAGCCUCCAGCACAACUUCCGGUACAACUUCCAACUCAACUUCCGACUCAACUUCCGACUCAACUUCCGACUCAACUUCCGACUCAACUUCCGGUACAACCUCCCGCACAACCUCCGGCUCAACUCCCAACUCAACUCCCAACUCAACUCCCAACUCAACUCCCAACUCAACUCCCAACUCAACUCCCAACUCAACUCCCAACUCAGCUUCCGACUCAGUUUCCGACUCAACUUCCGGAACAACCUCCAGCACAACCUCUUGCGCCGACCAACAACACUGCACGUGAAACCGCCCCAGUUGUCACAGAACCUCCCACACCAAUUCCUACAACACAACCGGCCAUUGCUGCGCCACUUCCUCCCGUCACUCCCAUCCGGUCCCCGCCGCAGGUCUCGGACCUAUCAACUGUCGGACAGCUAGACGCUAGGCUGGCCGGGCUUACAGCGGAACUGGCGCUCGUGGACGAAGAGGCGCAGUACAUACGCCGCAUGAUUGAGCUGGUGGCCGAGAAGCGGCGUCUUGUCAAGGAGACGCACGCUUUGCAUGCACUGCGCAACGGCGCUCUCAGCACUGAUUGA